AAAAGUUUGACUGGGUGGUUUCACAGGGAGUCGAUGCAUUUGAGUCAGGGCACACAUGCCUCAGCUGUGAGAGGCUCCGUUCUGUUAGCUGGCCAACAUCCCAGGACAAACGCAGAGAGAAAGGAAGAGAGAGGUGAUCUGAGAGCGAGAGACAGAAGGGGAGAGACAGAAAGUAGAGUAGAAAGUGUUGAGGGAACCGUGGUGUAGAAGCAGAGGAGACAUUUGUCAAAGUAGGGAACAAGUCCUAUCUUCUGGACAGCGGGGGCACGACAGGUUUUGUUGCAGCAGUGUAUUCUUGUCCUGAGUGAGUGUGCAAGCGGCUUGUGUGAAUUGAGCAGCCAUGGCGCAUUUAGGCGUGAAGAUGGAGCAGGUAGCUUUGACUGAGGUGUCCGAUGAUGACGAAGAGGUUUCCCUGGUGGCCGCAGCCGUAGAGCCAGACACGGACGACGACCCAUCAGAGGAGGAGGAUCUGGUGCUGGGGAAAGGGUCCGGCAGCAAGACAGAAGCCCAGGUGAAUGGAGUCAUGGUCCUGACCCUGCUGGACAAGAUCAUCGGUGUGGUGGACCAGAUCCAACAGACCCAGAACGGGCUGGAGGCGAGGCAGCAAGACAUGGAGAAGUCGGUGGCGGGCAUCCAGGGCGAGCUGGCCAAGCUGUCCAAAAGCCACACGGGCACAGCCAACACGGUCAACAAGAUGCUGGACAAGGUGCGCAAGGUCAGCGUCAACGUGAAGACGGUCAGGAACAACCUGGAGAAGCAGGCGGGUCAGAUCAAGAAGCUGGAGAGCAACGAGAAUGAGCUGCUGAAGAGGCGCAACUUCAAAGUGCUCAUCUACCAGGAUGAGAUGAAAGCCCCCAAAGCUUCCAAGUCGACCAAGGGGUCUAAGAAUGUGCUGGAGGGCGUGGCCGAAGAGGAGGGCGAGGAGCAGGCUGCGGAGGACAGGGAUGAAGGAGCGCACCUGGGCCCCACCUCAGAGGACGAGGUGGAGAUCGAGGAGAUCAUUGAGGAGUCGCGGGCCGAGCGCAUCAAGCGCACCGGCAAGCAGCGUGUGGAGAAAAUCAAGAAGGCUUUCUCCAAAGAGAAGAUGGAGAAGACCAAGCUAAAGACCAAGGAGAACCUGGAGAAGACCAAGCAGCGCACCCGUGAGAACCUGGAGAAGACCCGUCAGAAAACCCGCGAGAACCUGGAGAAGACCAAGCACAGUCUGGAGAAGAAGAUGGGCCAGCUGGGCACUCGUAUGACGCCCAACCAGGAGCGCAAGGAGAAGGUGAAGAAGUCCCUGACCCCUGACCACACGGUGCACGCCCGCUCCAAGACAGCCGUGUACCGCGUGCCGCCCUUCACCUUCCACGUGAAGAAGAUCCGGGAUGGGGAGGAGGAGGUGAAUCAGAGCAAGGAAUCGGUGGUGGUGGCUGAGGACGAGGCCCUGGAGGAGGACGAGGCCCUGGAGGAGGACGAGGCCCUGGAAGGCAAUGAGCUGGGUCUGCAUGUGGAGGUGGAGGAGGGGGAGCUGGUCUGCGUAGACAGCCCAGAGAUGGAGGCUCUCCUGGAAGCGGCGGAGGACUCCCAGCUGGUGAUGGUGGAAAGAGACCUCCCUACGAAGACAAGCAGUAAACAUAUCAACUGAUAGGCUCAGGACUGGAAAAAUGAUAUAAUAAACAGAUAAAGAGGAUAAAGUGAAGGGAAAAGGAAGAAGAGAGAUUUCAAUAACAAUGACUCAGCAUGCAUUGUAAGGACUGUCUGGAUAUGUUCAAAAAUCAAUAUGUACACAAUCGUUGAUUUGUAUUUUUACUUAACCUAACUGGACACAUUUCACUGUAAUUUCUGCUCAUAUUAAUUAUUUAGAUUGCAAAAACUAAGCAUAUUAUUCAUACACAUUUUCUAGGCUUUCAGCAUUGUGCUCUUUUUAUAAUUAUAGUCAUGCAAAGAGAACUAGUUGGCACCAACGCUGAGUCUGAGGUAUCGCUUGUUUAUAUCAGUUUUCUAUGGAAUGACCACAAUGCAAAAGAGUGAAAUUUUUAUUUGUGGUUGUAAUUUAAUGCACAAAAGUUGCUAACAGACAUAUAUAGCAAUGUUAAUGAUAAAAGGAAGAUUGUACCUGGUUUGAGGGUUACUGGCAUGUGAAUUUGUGUUUUGAUGAACUGGGAGCCUGAGGGCCUUUCUAAAUUGUACUCAUGUGUCUAUGAAGACAACAGGCUGACAUACUGAAUGUCUUCCUUGAAUGAAGAGUUUACAGAACUGUUCAAGAAUGUGACCAGUCACAAGACGGCAGACAUACGUAUGGCUCUUGCAACACAGGGCCCUUGUUGAAGGUUUGUGUGUAAGACGUUUUUCACUUAUGAAAGGAGAUGCAGAUAAGCAACGUAAGAUUAAGAUGGAGAUCAUCGUUUUCCUCUUUCGUCAUGGUGGCUAAAUAUAUAUAGCAUCCCUCCCAAAUGAAAAGUGUUUCAUAAAUUCCUCAUAGUAUUGUUUUGAGAGAUUUGUGAAAACUACUGAUAUUCAUAAUUUGUCAUGUUAUUUUGUUUUUACAAGACAAAAUUACUUAGAUUUAAUUUGAAACUGGGAUGGAUGUACUCUGUUUAGAUGUACUUAUAGAUAGAGCACAGACUUUUGAGUUGUAUGAUAUUGUGAUAGUCAGGAAAUAGCUUUCUUUCUCUGUGCCAUAACAGUCUAGUUGCCAAUGUAACCAUAAUGCUUCUAGCUGAUGUUAUAUAUAUAUUAUCAGACAUCUUGGAGUGAGCUUUCAUGUCCUUAUCAGAGCUGCCAUGUAGAAUUUAGAACUUGCAAUGUAUUUUCUCACCACACACCCUUAUUCUCUCAUGUUGCACAGUGUUUAGAUGCUUGCUCCUCCAGCCACAAAAAGUGAAUCUCGACAGUAUAUUCUGAAUUGAGACAUAUGGGCUGAAGACCCUAUACUGCUGUGCUAUCAACACAGACAGAGCCUUUUAGAGCAGAAGAUUGACAACCUUAACUACCCAAUGUGUCGCCAUGGCCACAGCACUCUAAGCCACUUCCUCUGCUGUAAUUGUGAGGAUAAACACGAGAUGCCCUACAGCUAUAGUUGCAGCUAGAUAACAGUUUAAUAAAAUUCUAAAUGGCACAUGAACAUUAAAUAGCAUUACCAACUUACCCAGGGCUGGGAUCCAUCUGCCAGAGAUUGUAAAUGUUAAAGUAGUUUUAUAAAGGUAAAGGACCAGGAGAAAAUUAAUGGCCGCUCCUUGGUCUUAGUGUCUGAAUCACUUGGUGAAUUUUAAUGUAGGGUCAGUUUAAUUGUGUGUGAUGUGCUGGUAUCCGUAAGACUGUAUAAUGACUGGAUUAGCUCAGUGGGUAAAUGCCGGUGUUGCCUUGUCCUCUAGUUAUGUUUGACAGGCAAGGACUGACAGCACUGUGUAAUAGUCAUCAAAAGAGAGGGCUUUCCUCCUCUGCCCCAGAGUCCCUGUGUCUGACCUUGUAAAAGAGGGUAUGGUGGGAAGGGCCACUUCCACGGAACACCAUUAGGAUAAUCAAUAGAGCAGGGAACCUGAUUAAGCAGAGUGCUUUCUCCGAGUGUUUGUGUUGGGGGGUGGGCAAAAUGGAGCAGACACUUGAAGGAGCACUGUAGAUGUGGAUUGGAAGGUGAGUAACACAUGUCAACCAUGUAAGUCCAAGGCCAAAUCUAACGAUACACACACACACACACACACACACACAAACACACACACACACACACAGGGACACUGCUACCCCCCACUCCUCCAACAACAACAGGUGGAGGAUCGUGUACUGAAGUGAGGUCUGGAGGUCUGUUCUGUCCACAACAUGUAGCCUGACAAGGCAGUGGCACCGUCUGCUUCUAUAAGAUGUCGAAUGACCAGCCACACAACUGUCACAGAUGUGGCCAAGGGGACAUGUGACAAAAAUGCAUCAGCAUUGCCUGAACAUCAAUUAAUGGUCAUAUUGUUCUGUGUAAGCUUCUGAUGAACAAUGGUGGUGUAAUCAAAGCAUUUUGCCUAACCACAUAUAUAUAUAUAGCCUACAUAUAUCAAUAAAACCUGACUUACACCUGA